AUGUCACCACAGAAAUUCUUUUUAUAUAUAGCAGUGAUUGUGGUUUCCACAUUUUAUUUACUAGCAAUGGCGAAAAAUUCACCCCAUCAUACUGAAGGAGAAUACAAGACAUAUAUUGUUGUCUUUAAAAAAACAGCAACAGAUGCAAAAGUUCAGGAUAUUGAGAAUUUCUUAACUUCCAAUGGAGGAAGAAUUAAAAAUGUGUAUUCCACCCUGUUUAAAGGAUUCACUGUGGAGAUACCGUCUGAUGAGGUAUUAGCUUUAGAUGCUGACAACGAUAUUGACUUUGUCGAGGAAGAUCAAAAAGAUCUCAAAGCUUCACGAUUUGCUCUAAAAUCAAUUCCAAGCUCGGAAGUUCAUAAACUUGGGCAUGUCUUCUAA